GAGCGGUCUUUGCCAAGAUCUACACUGACCGGUGUUCUGCUGAGGAGGCCCGUUAACAAGUGGACACUGUGCCUUGAGAAUCGAGGAACAUGGCGACAUAUGGCGGAUGCCAAUUUCCUUAGGGCAUUGUGCAGUUGUGCACCUUUGGCCUUUUCGGGCCAUGGGCUUUUCCAAUCCAAAUGGAAGACAAACACCAGGGGUUUGGGAACUUGA